AUGUUACCGUCAUUUGUAAUCAUUGCGACUUGUUUUUUCUAUGCGACAGUGGAGGCUAUUUAUCGUAUCGAUAAUGCAGAUAAUAUUCGAGACUCGGCCCGCGGGCUUGCAUACGACCUAAUGCUACAGUACGAAGGCAACAAGACAGGACAAAUCCCUGGUAUUUUGCCCGGCCCGCCGUCGGAGAAUAAGGGAGAUUAUUACUGGUGGGAAGGAGGUGCUAUGAUGGGCACGUAUGUCGAUUAUUGGCAUCUUACGGGCGACACAAGCUACAAUGCCGUGGUGAUGGAGGGAAUGCUUCACCAAGUAGGCGACCACGAAAACUACAUGCCCCUCAACCAUACCGCAUCUCUCGGAAACGAUGAUCAAGGUUUCUGGGGUAUGACCGCAAUGCUGGCUGCCGAGAAUAAAUUUCCGAACCCCCCGGCGGAUAAACCGCAGUGGCUUGCUUUGGCCCAGGCUGUUUGGAACACCCAGGCGGAUCCUAGUCGCCACGAUGAGACUUGCAAUGGUGGAUUGAGAUGGCAGAUUCCUUUCUCAAAUGCUGGUUACAAUUAUAAAAAUACAAUUGCCAACGGAUGCUUCUUCAAUAUCGGGGCCCGACUUGCUCGAUAUACACGAAACGAGACGUAUGCGAAGCGCGCCGAAGAUACCUGGAACUGGCUAUGGGGAGUGGGAUACAUUGAUCACAAAAGCUGGCUCGUCUAUGAUGGCGGCCAUGUUGAAAAGAACUGCACUGAUAUAAAUCUCGCCACAUUUUCCUACAAUGCAGCUGUUCUUACACAUGGAGCUGCCUUUAUGUAUAACUAUACCGAUGGCUCAGAAAUCUGGAAGAAUCGCGUAGAUAGGCUCCUCGAUUCUCUCCUAGCGAGAUUCUUUCCAGAGGGGAUCGCAUAUGAGGUUGCCUGCGAGCCACGCCAAGGUGCAUGCAGUACAGACAUGCUUUCAUUCAAAGGUUACGUUCAUCGCUGGCUAUCUGUGGUGGCUCAAAUUGCCCCCCACACCAAGGACAAGAUCCUUCCUAUUUUACGAAAGUCAACAGAAGCUGCUGUCAAGCAGUGCACGGGAGGCGAUUCAGGCCGACGAUGCGGCUUCUAUUGGAGCUCAGGGAAGUAUAUCGACACAGCCGUCGAUCAUACCAGCGGCGCCGGCGAAGCCAUGAAUGUCCUAGCAGCAGUCUCCAGUCUUCUAAUCAAUGAAGCACCUCCGCCAGUAACCAAUUCAUCGGGAGGUAUUUCCAAAGGAAACCCAAAUGCAGGUCAUGGAGGAGACAAUGGAGAGGUCGAGCUGAAGCCAAUUGGGGCAGCGGACAAAGCCGGAGCUGUUAUUGUGACACUUAUUUUACUGGGCAGCGCAACGGCUGCUUUUAUUUGGAUCUGUUCGUUUGACUAA